AAAAAGGGAGGGCUGGCUGAAAAGUGGCCUAGCUGAGCAGCAAAGAGAAACUAUUGCCUAGUUCAUGGUUCAUUCCUGUGGCUGUAGUUUGGAAAAAUUCCAGCCACAGAAAAGUCAAAACAGAACAGGUAGGUUGAAAUAUUAGCAAUGCUUAGCAAUUCCUUUGUAUUUUAACUUCAUCCUCACACUCCAAAAGAGUAAAAUAUUACAGGAAAAAAAAAGGAACUGAAUUAUGAUUUGAUUAAAAAGAAUGUAAACAGUAAUUUGGAAACAAAGGGCGAUGCAAUUUGUUGCGUAGUCACACAACAUUCCUCUUGGAUUUGAAAUGCACCAGCGGCAGUUCCACCCUUCUGAAGGUACAACCUGACGUCUCACAAUUGAGCCUGAGCAGCUGCUGGAGCUACAAAGUCUUUCUUUCCUCUUCUGUCAGGAUGGGUGUGAUACAUCUUCCCAGCUUGUCUAGGAUCCUGUGUUUUUCUUUUCACAUUAUUCUCAUUCUGCUUCAACAGACUACUGCAGCGCGAGAACUGAAGUUUGUGGUUGUACUUUUCCGACACGGUGACCGAACACCAAUUGUGAACUUUCCAACUGAUCUACACAAAGAAAGUGAAUGGCCCCAGGGAUUUGGACAGCUCACCAAGACUGGAAUGCAGCAGCUAUUUGAACUUGGGCAGUACAUGAGGAAACGAUAUUCCAGCUUCUUGAACAGCACAUACAACCGGCAAGAGUUUUACAUCCAAAGUACAGAUUAUGAUCGCACCAUUAUGAGUGCCCAGUCAUAUCUUUCUGGCCUCUUUCCACCAACUAGCAGCCAAAUUUGGAACCCUGACCUUCUCUGGCAACCCAUUCCAGUCCACAUUUUUCAAAAAACAGCAGAGCAGAGGCUGAACUUUCCUCUGCCCAACUGUCCCCGUUUUGAUGAACUUCAGCAGGAAACACAAACAUCAAAAGAAUUUCAAAGUAGAAUACAACCAUACAUGGAUUUUUUACAAACAAUGGCAGUUAACACAGGACUUGAACUAAACCACCUUAAAAUACUGGACAAUUUCCAGCUCUGGAAUACAUAUGAUACUCUACAUUGUGAGGGUAUUCACAAUUACACUCUUCCUGUAUGGGCCACUGAAGAUGUAAUCAACAAGAUGGAAAAACUGGCAGAAUUGUCCCUACUCUCAUUAUUUGGGGUUUAUAAAACAGAAGAGAAAUCAAGACUACAAGGAGGUGUCCUUGUGAAUAUUAUUUUAAACAGUAUUAAACAAGCUGCCAAUUCUUCAAAACCAACAAAAAUGGAGGUCUACUCUGCACAUGACACCACAGUUGGGGCCCUCCAGAUUGCUCUCAAUAUUUUCAAUGGAAAACUGCCACCAUAUGCUGCUUGCCAGUUUUUUGAACUCUACCAAGAAAGCAAUGGGCAAUAUAGCAUCGAAAUGUAUUAUCGGAACGACACUUCAAAGGAUCCUUAUCUCCUCACUUUGCCAGGGUGCACCUCUUCUUGUCCACUUGAGAAGUUUGCUGAACUAGUUUCUCCUGUGAUUACAGAAAACUGGUCAAAAGAAUGUGGGAAGAAAGACAAAAUGAAAGAUAUUUUUAUCGGAUUUAAUGUUGCUGUUGGCUUGUUGUCCAUUUUUAACCUUGUACUGCUCUACCUCCUUUAUCAUUAUGGACGUUGCAGGAGCAGAAACAACUACCAAGAUAUUUAAAGCGGA